GCCACUAUACCAACGGUCGGCGAUGCCAUCGAGGUUCUGAAUGGACUGUGCGACGAUCUUACAGAGACGUUGAAACAAAUAGCUGACUUGUCAACUGAACUAACGUCACGUGAUCGUAUUCGAGUUGACAAUAUCAUCCAAGAGGUACGC